UGGCUUCUGGUUAUUGAAAGCUGAACUACCAUAGCUGCUGCACUUCAAUAUCCAACUCUUCUCUCUCUCUCUCUCUCUCUCUGUUAUCAGCAAUGGUUCUCAGAAGCCACAGCUGCACCACGAUUCAUCUCAUCCUCCUCUACUUCUGCAUCAACGCUUUCACCUCCUUCGCCAAUGAUACCAUCUCCGUCAACCAAACUCUCUCCGGAGACCAAACCAUCGUCUCCGCAGGGGAUAAUUUCGUGCUCGGCUUCUUCAAACCAGGCAAGUCUCCUCGGCACUACAUAGGCAUAUGGUUCAGCAAAGUCCCCAACCAAACUGUAGUUUGGGUGGCCAAUAGAGAAAUCCCUGUUUCAGACCCCAAUACCGCCAAACUCCUGAUUUCAGGAGGAAACCUAGUUCUGCUGAAUGAAUUAGGAUCAGAGAUUUGGUCCACCGCUGUGAAUUCAACAUCUGCGGUCAAUUCCAGCUUAGCUGCAGUGCUUCGGGAUGAUGGAAAUCUUGUUUUGAGCGAUGGCACCGGCUCAAAUCCAAGAUCCGGGCAAAUUUUAUGGCAGAGUUUUGAUAAUCCGGUGCACACAUGGCUUCCAGGAGGGAAAAUUGCCUAUGAUAAAAUCACUGAAAGGAAGCAGCUCUUAACUUCUUGGAAAAAUGAGGAGGAUCCUGCAAUGGGCCUUUUUUCGCUCGAGCUCGAUCCCAAUGGGAGCCAGUACCUCAUAAAAUGGAAUAGAAGUGAGGAGUAUUGGACUAGUGGUGCUUGGAAUGGCCAUAUUUUUAGCUUAGUUCCUGAAAUGCGGCUGACUUCCUACUUUAAUUUUAGCUAUGUUAAUAAUACGAAUGAGAGUUAUUUCACAUAUUCUAUGCAUGAUCCUGCUGUUAUAUCUCGCUUCAUCAUGGAUGUGUCGGGGCAGAUUAAGCAGCUGACAAUUGUUAAUGAUAAUGAUUGGAACUUGUUUUGGACUCAGCCGAGGGAGCAAUGCCAAGUUCAUGAUUAUUGUGGGGGAUUUGGUAGCUGCCAGAAUGCAUUGCCGUUCUGUAGUUGCUUGCCGGGGUUUAGGGUUAGGAAUCAGAGUGAUUGGGAUUUGAAGGAUUAUUCGGGUGGUUGUGUGAGGGAGAUGAGCUUGCAAUGUAAUGGUUCUAAUGGGAGGGGAGAUAAGUUUUGGCCUGUCACCGAUGUGGGAUUGCCUGUGAAUGAGAAGCCGUUGACAGUUGGAAGUGUUGGAGAGUGUGAGUCGAGUUGCUUCAAUGAUUGUUCUUGCACGGCUUAUGCAUAUGAUGAAGGGAUAGGAUGUUCUGUUUGGAAUGGGGAUUUGGUGAAUCUGCAGCAGUUGAAUGAAGGAGAUGGUAAUGGUAAAGUGAUUCACAUUAGGUUGUCUGCCUCUUCACAAGUGUUUUCUGGUUCGAAGAAUAGUAAGGGGUCCAUGAUUGGUGUUGUUGCGGGCUGUGUUGGUGGUGCCUUGGUCGUGGUUGCAGUCGUGGCGGGGUUGAUUUGGAGGAGGCGGAAACGAGCAGUUGGGAGUUCUAAAGCAGUGGAGGGUUCAUUGGCUGUAUUUGCAUAUAAGGACUUGCAGAAUGCGACCAAGAACUUCUCGGAUAAGUUGGGAGGUGGUGGCUUUGGAUCUGUUUUUAAGGGCACUUUACCUGAUUCAACAGUCAUUGCUGCUAAGAAGCUCGAGAGCAUCACACAGGGAGAGAAGCAGUUUAGGACAGAGGUCAGCACGAUAGGGACGAUUCAACACGUAAAUCUUGUGAGGCUCCGUGGCUUCUGCUCCGAAGGUAGUAAGAAGCUGUUGGUCUAUGAUUACAUGGAGAAUGGAUCCCUUGACUCUCAUCUGUUUCACGCGAAUGAGAUCAAGUUCUUGGAUUGGAAGACGAGGUACCAAAUUGCCCUUGGGAUCGCUAGAGGGUUGUCGUAUCUUCAUGAGAAAUGCAGGGACUGCAUCAUCCACUGUGAUAUAAAACCAGAGAACAUAUUGCUGGACCCUGAGUUCUGUCCCAAGGUGGCGGACUUCGGCCUGGCCAAGCUUGUGGGGCGUGAUUUCAGCCGUGUCCUCACCACCAUGAGGGGUACGAGAGGCUACCUUGCACCUGAGUGGAUAUCUGGAGUUGCCAUAACAGCCAAAGCAGAUGUCUAUAGCUAUGGGAUGAUGCUUUUUGAGUUAGUCUCCGGAAGGAGAAAUUCAGAGAGCUCGGAGGAUGGGACCGUCAAAUUCUUCCCCUCGUGGGCAGCUAACGCAGUUGUGAAUGGAGGCGACAUUCUUGGCCUAUUGGAUCCUGUUUUGGACCGAAAUGCUGACACAGAACAGGUGCUGAAGAUUUGCAAGAUUGCUUGUUGGUGCAUCCAAGAUGAUGAGGACACAAGGCCAUCAAUGGGGCAGGUUUCUCAAAUUCUUGAAGGCGUAAUGGAUGUGAACGUGCCUCCGAUCCCUCGUUCGCUUCAGGUCUUUGUUGAGACCCAAGAACACAUAGUGUUCUUCACUGACUCCUCUACUGAUCAGAGCUCGCAGGCAAAGAGCAACGCCUCCUCAAAUGCUUCGUCUAACUCCAUGAACAGCGUUUUGUCAUCAACUGGCUAGUCGGCUUCUGGUCUCCGGAGAAAGCGGCCCCACAUGGGAAACAGGUAAAGAAGCAUCAUUGCAAACACAACCGCUCUAACUCUGCCCCAAACAACAGUGAAAAAGAGGAUGGCAACCAACAGAUACAAACCAGGGUUGAUCUUGCACGAACACGGCCUUGUCACGAGGCAAAUUUCUUCAUGAUCAAACGACUCGUUCGAGGAGAGAGAAAAGCUGGAGCUUCCGACUUCAGGCUGCAAGACCUUAGCCUCCUCAACUCCUCCGUCUCUAGUUGUUUUGCCAUUACCAAAUAUCUGCAGAUGACUGGAGAUUUUCCGGAGUUGUCGAAUGCUGCCACCGGGGACCUUUAUCUUCUGCAAGAGGGCAGAAAAGGGGUCAGUUAACUCGAUUUCGAAAGCGUUGGUGAUAAAAAAAGGGAAACUAACAUACUAACUUACUAACCAGUGAGGCUUUGGGGAGGAGGAUUUCAAGAACAUGAGAAAUUGGCCUCUUUGAAUUGUUUCUUUGUCUUGAACUUUUGUGACACUUUUUCUUGUGAUUGGCAUUGGUUUGAUCUGUUUGGGUUUCCAACACCAGAGGGUGGAAGCAAGAGAAGAGACUUUUCUUCAUUAUCAUGAAAAAAUUUGCAGGGAUUUUGAUGUUUUUAAAGAUUGAAAAUGGAGAGGUAAAAAACAAGAAAUUGAGGAAGAGGGAUUAGUAGAAGUCAAAGAUGUAAUAAAAACAAAGUGGUGCAUUAGUUGGGUAAGUGGCUUGAGUUUGUUAUUGUAGA